ACCACCUCAACCUUGCCGAUGUCGGUCGAGCGCGACUUCAGCGUCGUCUUUCGCCUGCGCCCGCUGCUGCAGGCGCCGGGCGCUGAGCAGCAAGAGCCGCUCGUCACGGUCGACGAGGGCGCUGCGGCCGGCGCUGCUGGCACCCAUACGGCCGUCGUGAGCCAGGAGCGCAAAUCGUGGAAGCACGGCGAGACGGCCGAGCAGCACCGCUUCGCCGCACACCGCGUCUACGGCUGCGAGGCGCAGACAGACGAGCUCUUCGACGAGCACGUCGCGCCGCUUGUCCCGUUUGCGCUCGACGGUGGCUAUGCGACGGUGCUCGCGUAUGGCCAGACGGCGUCGGGCAAGACGCACACGCUCUCGCACUGCUCUGCCGCCGCUGCGCGCGUGCUCAGCGCAGCGAAUGCAGCACGCAGGCCUGGCGGCAAGGGCUGCCGCAUCACCAUCUCGUGCAUCGAGAUCUACGGCAAGACGGUCAAUGACCUGCUCGACGCCGCCAACAAGCGCGCCGCCGUCGCCGAGGACAUGCAGGGGCGCGGCGUGCUGGCGCGCGUGACGGAGCGUGAGGUGACCACCGAGCAGGAGAUUCUCACCGCCAUGGAGCAGGCGUGGGCAUUGCGGCGCACCAGCGCGACAGCCAAGAACGCGCAGUCGUCGCGCUCGCACGCGCUCAUCCGUCUGACGCUUGCGCCCGAGGGCGACGCCAAUGCCACGCCCGGCGUGCUGCAGCUCGUCGACCUCGCCGGCUCGGAGCGCGCCGCGGGCGACUCGGCGAGCCACUCGUCGGAGCGCAUGGCCGAGACGGUCGCCAUUAACACGAGCCUCAUGGCGCUCAAGGAGUGCAUGCGCGCGCGCUCCGGCGGCGCCGCGUCGGAUGCCUCGGCCAAGCACAUUCCGUUUCGCAGCACGAAGCUCACGCUGGCGCUCAAGGAGGCGUUCGACCUCUUCUCGCGCCAACCUGCGACGACGGUGUUCAUCGCGACGGCAUCGACGGCGGCGGCGGACAUCUCGGCCACGCUCAACACCUUUCGCUAUGCCUCUGCGCUGCUGCUCGUGCCGCAGCGCCUCGUCGUGCAGGAGCCCGACCCGCGCGACGUGACGUACUGGUCCAACGCCCGCGUGCUCGAGUGGCUCGCCAAGUACGGCGGCGCGGCACUCGUGCGGCCCCAAGACGUGGCGCCAUACGAGGACGGCCUGGCGCUCUCGCGCGUGCCCGAGGCCGAUUUUAUGGCGCGGCUGCAGCGCGGCAGCGACGGCGCGCUGCAGGGCGAGUCGGCACGCAGGCUGUACCUCAAGUGGUGGCGGAUCGUCAUUGCCUCGCGCACGCUGGCGAAAGAGGCACGCGCCGCCGAGUGGAAGCGCACCAAGGCGGCUGCAGCGGCGGCGUCUGAGGCUGCCGACGCCGAGGCGGCGCGCGAGAUCCUGGCCGACGUGCAGUGCGAGUGAUUGUGGGAGAAGUACUGUAUUUAUAGCAUUUUGGUG